AUGUCUUGCACGGUGGCUACGGUCACCAUCGAAUCCCCUUCGUCCAGCCGAGCCUCCAGUACGUCGCGUGACGAUGAGCGCACCCAAUUACUUCCUCGAGGUCGACGACAUUCCUACAAUACUUCGAGACGCCGGCAGUCAAGUAUCUGCAAUGCCGACGCUGUUUUUGUGAGGGUUGAAUUGUUCCUUACCGAGCUGAAGAGCAGGUUGGACAGGUUGGAAAAAUAUCGGCAAGAAAGUCUUCCUCAUUUCGAUGCCCAAUUAGAGCGCGCCUACCAUGCUUUGAAGGAUGUGCGAGACUCAUGUUCACCGUAUCACUCGGGUGAGCUUCUCUGGGGUGCAGCUCGUCAACGUGCCUGUAUCCUGGUUGAAACCUUGGAGACGCGGUACCAUGACCUCUUGCCGACUCGAGAGACGCUGGAACACCGGGCCCAGGUGGGCAUGCGAUUGAUGGAGUCAUUUCUGGCAGAACUGGAAUCUCGGGCUCACGCCCGGAAGAAGCAACUGCUCGACUCGGGUUGGAGAAAAAUGGACGAUUCCCUCAAUGCGACGCGAGAGAUGCUGGAAGAAGGCUUUGACAAAGCUCUUCGCGCAAAAGACUUGCUUGCCGAAUCCAUUUCCCAUGCUUUGAGCCGUGCGGCCGAAACACGGCUAAUACGUUACGAAGAUCUGCCGAUUCCCUGGAGAAACAAUCCACACAUUAUCCGCGGCUAUCGAUUCAACAAAACCAAAAUCGAAUGCGUCACUUCCAUGUUUCGACCUUCGAACGAGUUGGUCAAUAUUUGGUCACAUGGUAUUGGUUUGGUGAUCGUUCUCGCUGUCGCCUUUUACUACUAUCCUUCGUCACCCACAUUUCCCCUGUCAAGCAAGUGGGACGUUCUGGUCGCAGCAUGUUUCUUUGUCGCGGCUUGCAAAUGCCUGAUCUGCUCCACCAUGUGGCACACGAUGAACAGCAUAGCCGAUAAAUGCUUGCUCGACCGAUUUGCUUGUGUCGACUAUACCGGGAUUUCAUUUCUGGUCGCGGCCAGUAUUCUGAGCACGGAAUGGACCGCAUUCUAUUGCGAGCCCGUGUCGCGCGCCAUCUAUAUGACCUUGACCACGAUUCUCGGGAUAGCUGGAGUCAUUCUGCCGUGGCGGGAAAGCUUUAAUCGGGCCGACAUGGCGUGGGCUCGUGUGGCAUUCUAUGUCACGCUUGCCGUGACCGGAUUUGCCCCCGUGUUGCAGUUGAAUUAUACUCGAGGAGCCGCUUGGACCUUUUAUUUCUAUGCCCCAGUGACCAAGAGUCUGAUGGUUUAUUUCACGGGAGCCGUAAUCUAUGCAAGUCGAGUGCCCGAAAAAUGGUGGCCCGGCCUAUUCGACUAUGUUGGAGGCAGUCACAACAUUUGGCACAUUGCAGUUGUGGCAGGUAUCUUAUUUCACUAUACCGCCAUGAUGGAGUUUUUCCAAGGGGCGUUUAGAAGAAGAGCCAGUGACGGCUGUUGUUUGGGAUGA